AUGACGCAAUUGCAGCAAGAUCGAGCCGUCUUCAUAUCGAUUCUGAAGGAGAUCUCUCAGCCAAUCAGAGGCGAGAACGAUUUCAUCCCGGCCCUCCUAUUGAGGCGAACAGACGUUUAUCUCCCUCAACAGGACGAACAGAAACAGGAGGCCCCAACAGACAUUUAUCUCCCUCAACAGGACGAACAGAAACAGGAGGCCCCAACAGACAUUUAUCUCCCACAACAGGACAAACAGAAACAGGAGGACCUCCCCAACAGACACUUAUCUCCCUCAACAGGACGAACAGAAACAGGAGGCCCCAACAGACAUCUAUCUCCCACAACAGGACGAACAGAAACAGGAGGACCCCCCAACAGACAUUUAUCUCCCUCAACAGGACGAACAGAAACAGGAGGCCCCAACAGACAUUUAUCUCCCUCAACAGGACGAACAGAAACAGGAGGACCCCCCAACAGACAUUUAUCUCCCCAACAGGACGAACAGAAACAGGAGGCCCCAACAGACAUUUAUCUCCCUCAACAGGACGAACAGAAACAGGAGGCCCCAACAGACAUUUAUCUCCCUCAACAGGACGAACAGAAACAGGAGGACCCCCCAACAGACAUUUAUCUCCCUCAACAGGACGAACAGAAACAGGAGGCCCCAACAGACAUUUAUCUCCCUCAACAGGACGAACAGAAACAGGAGGACCACCCCAACAUUUAUCUCCCUCAACAGGACGAACAGAAACACAGGCGUAGGAGUAACACAGAACUGAAUUAUCUCUCCCUUUCUGGUUCUGCGCGAAAGACAAAAGAGCAUCGGCUGGACAUGUCACCUUCGCGCGUCUAG